UAUAUGCUAUCUAUUUUUGCAAUCUUGCCUUCGCUCGAUUCAAGUUUUAUUAAUUACGUUCAUAGUUGCACAAAAGUUGUUUCAAAAAAUUUGCAGGAAGAAAUUAGUUAAAAUAUUCAAGAGUAAAUUAUAUAACGCUUUAAAUUAAUACUUUAAUAUUUGUAAUAUUAAUUAAAUAAACAGAAAACAAGAAUAGUGCUGACGUAUAAAGGUUUAUCUUAUGUAUGAUUUAGAAUUGAUCACUUCACGUGAAAGGUGGUAUAGUAUAGUACGUGUAUCCUGUUAUGCUGAGAUUACUGUUUUGAAGAUUAUUAAGAACAUAACCUAAAUAAUACGAUUCAAAAAUGUGGUUCAAGAAGGUUUCUAAAGAUUUAAAUGGCAUGGUUCGGCUUUUAUGAAAACAUAACCAAAUGACAGCUCUCAAGCAAAUAUAUUAUAACAAUCAAUAUAUAAUAAUAAUUGUAAAUUGAUUUUUAAAUAUUAUAUAUUUUUGUUUCCAUUACAUUUAUUUAUAUAUUUGAACACAUCAGAAACAAAAGCAUAAGAAUGUAAAUAAAAGUUUUAAUUUCAAUUUGGUAACAUUUUUGAUAUGAUAUAUUUUUAAUAUGGUUAACAACAAAGAUUAAUAUUCCUAUUAAGACUCUAUGCCUAUGAGAAUAUAUACAAAUGUAAAUUUAUGUACAUAACAUCAUUGUUUUUAAAUGUACAUUGGGUUUUGUUACAUUGUAUAUUAAGAAUACACAUGUCACUUAAUUGUGUAAAUAUCACGUAAAAAAUAUAUAUGUGAUAAAAAGUUUUUGAAGUAUCAUUAUAAAUUGUGGGAAUGGGCAAUUGUUUGUGUAAAGAUACAUCAGAAGAACAUGAGGUAUAUAAUGAACAGAAUCAUGCAGAGGCUGAAAAUACUGUGUUUUCCGAAUCUAGUAUAGGCACAACAGCAUCUGGUAGUGUAACUUAUGUACGUUUAAAUUUUCCAAAUUCUGCUAAUAUUGAUAAAUUGGUGCUUGAAACAUUAAAAGUUAGUGGUUCUCUUGUUGAUAAUGAGCAAGAUCCACCACCCGCAAUGGUGAAAUUACGUAUAAUUGCUGAUAAAGGGGAUGGAUGGAUACAAGUAAUAAAUUCAAUGGUUAAUGUUAUUCCCAUGCAUAAUCCGUUAGGUCCUUCAGUUAUUACUCUUCUCUUAGAUGAUUGUCCAUUACCUUCAAAGGAAUCAGUCUUACGACUAUCACUUAUGUUUCAAUUAUAUCAAAAACUUGGAAAUGUACAUACCACUGCAACUCAACAACGUAACAUUUGUGUUGUACUGGGUUGCAUAGCUGAAAAAUUGGCUGGUCCUAGCAGUAUUGCAAUUUUAUCUGAUGUAACUUUAGACUAUCUUGUCUCAAAUCUUAGAGAAGAUAGUGAUCCUUAUGUGGUAUUAUAUUCGUUAAUAGCUUUGGAAAAAUUUGCACAGACAAGUGAAAAUAAAAUAACUAUCAAAAAACGAUUAAUGGCAGAAAAACCUAACCCACUGCUAGAAUUGGAGAAAUGGGUGACAGAGACUCAUUAUGUGCGCAGACAAGUAGGAUUUUGUGCACAGUGGUGUUUAGACAACUUAUUUUUGAUGGAAGGUAGGAAAUACUCUCAUGAUUCGAUUGAUAUGACUGGUAUUAAUGUUAUGCUAAACACAAAGGAUGUAAGUGAGUACCUGAAAAUAUCACCUAAUGGUUUAGAAGCUCGAUGCGAUGCAUAUUCGUUCGAAAGUGUAAGAUGUACAUUUCAAGUAGAUUCAGGUACUUGGUAUUAUGAAACUCUACUAAUAACUGCGGGAGUAAUGCAAAUUGGUUGGGCUACAAAGGAUAGCACAUUUUUAAAUCAUGAAGGAUAUGGCAUAGGUGAUGAUGAAUUUUCUUUGGCCUAUGAUGGUUGUCGUAGAGUAAUAUGGUAUAAUGCAACGAGUGAAAAAUAUUAUGAUAGACCAUGUUGGAAAGCUGGUGAUAUUUUGGGUUGUUUACUAGACUUGAACAAAUUAGAAAUUAUAUUCUCUAUAAAUGGUGUACCAUUAAAACCUUGUGUCCAAGUAUUCAAAACAGUGAGAUCCGGAUUUUUUGCUGCAGCCAGUUUUAUGUCAUUCCAACAAUGUCUUUUUAAUUUUGGAAAUGUCCCAUUUCAAUAUCCUCCCACUGAUCGCGAAUAUCAAAAAUUCAAUGAUUAUGCUUCUUUGAAACCGGAGGAUAAAAUUGUGCUUCCUAGACAUAUUUACUUAGAUCAACUGAGGAAACUUAGCGUCAGAGAAGACUCAUGUACACUGUGUUUUGACCAAAGAGCUUCGGUGAGAUUAUUGCCAUGCAAUCACAGAGGGUUUUGCCAAAUGUGUUCGGUUCAACUUGUAGAGUGUCCAAUGUGCAGGGCUACAAUUGAAGAAGUAGCUCUGGAUAAUACAUGACACCCUUUAGCAUAUCAGCACUUCUGAAUACUCUUCCACAACCCUUUCCAUAUUACACAAUUCUCAGGAACUGUCACAAGAUAAUCACAACUACAACACACCUGGUGCAUUGUGUACUGGACAUCAUUAUAUUGUUUUGUGCAUUUGUUUGCUUACAAUACAGUAUUUUAAAUCAAGAGAAGGACUUCAAAUCUAUCACAGAAGGCACGGCUGCAUAUCAAUGCAUCAUAUUUCUAAGGUGCAUUAUAAAUAUCACUUUCAGUUAUGUACAUGUAAUAUAUGAAUUAUUGUACUGGAAAUUCAGAGCACAUAGAAAUUUUAUCGAAUGUCCGUUGAUUGCGCGACCUAUUUUUUCUAGGUUUUACGUAUAUACAAUUUGCAUUUAAUUAAAUAUAUCAAAGAUAAUAUAAUGAGAAUAAAAUUAAAAUAUUUUUUUUACACUGUAGACAAUGAGAAAAACAUUUGCAAUUUAAAUUUAAAUUGCAACCACUGUAUGUUGUAUAUUUCCAAUUAAAUACUUGUGACUGGUUCACAAAUAUGUAGAAACUAUUUUGUCCAUGAACUUGAGGUUCUUCUCUCUUAAAUUAUGAAAGUCUGCAUUACCUGUUAACUGUUGUUAACUCUUGUCAAUACUGACAAGCAAGUACUUAAAUUUGCGCUAUAAACUAAGAUUAAUCUUUUAGGGAAUUGCAAAAUACUGAUAUCUUGUAGUAUAUAUUGAAAAAAAAAAUAUAUAUAUAUACAUAUAUAUGUGUAUAUACAUAUAUAAGCUCCUAUUAAAUUCUUGUGGAGAUAUAAAAUGCUAUCAUAUGUAUAACUUUGCAAAACUUUUCUAAGAACUCUGUUGAUUUUCAUUUAUAACAACCUAUCCUAAAUGUUAGGAUACUAUUUAUGUAUUAAAUGUAUAAAUCACAUGUUGUUCUAUAUUUUUUGUACUCUUGUUCCAAAAAAAAUUUAUUGCUGCGUAAUAGACUAAAGA